GCGGAGCUCUCCGCCACAUCUUACAGAAACUUCAAACUCUACUCUCUAAAGGGCAGCAAUGACAGUUCCACCUUGUCCACUCAAACAUUUAUCUCCGAUAAGCAUAAGACUCUGUAUGCGGCUGAUCCUGACUCCGCUGAGAGCUAUGAGAACUUGCUUGACUCCCCAAUGGAAGAAAUUGCAAAACCAUCUAGCUCUGGCAUUUCUGGAAAUUCAACUAAUCCACAAGAUUACUUUGAGAGUCAAAGCCCCGAUGCAGAUAGCUUUGAUGAAGAUAAGAUGAGACUGAAGCUUCAAGAAUUGGAGCGAGCACUUCUUGAGGACAAUGAUGAUGAAAAUGAUGAGGAAAUAAACUGCAGUAGUCAAAGCAUGGAAGUGGAUGGUGAAUGGACCGAUCCAAUCCAGAAUGAAUUGCUCCAUGACUCACCCAAGGAGUCUUCAUCAUCUGAGUCUAAUGUGAGCAGCAUCAGCAGCAACAAAGAAAUAACACAAGCUUCUCCUCAGACACCCAAGCAGCUGCUUUACAACUGUGCUGGUGCACUUUCAGAGGGCAACAUCAAAGGAGCAUCAACAAUGAUAAGUGAGCUCCGGCAGAUGGUCUCGAUUCAAGGAGAUCCUGCUCAGAGGAUUGCAGCUUACAUGGUAGAAGGCCUCGCAGCUCGCGUGGCUUCGUCAGGAAAAAUUAUUUACAGAUCUUUGAAAUGCAAGGAACCCCCAUCCUCUUAUCGCCUUGCAGCCAUGCAAGUCCUUUUUGAGGUGUGCCCUUGCUUCAAAUUUGGCUUUAUGGCUGCAAAUGGAGCCAUUAUAGAAGCAUGUAAAGAUGAAAAAAAAGUUCACAUAAUAGAUUUCGACAUAAGCCAGGGGAAUCAAUACAUAACACUCAUACAAACACUUGCUAAUCGGCUAGGUAAGCCACCACACUUGAGGUUAACAGGGGUUGAUGAUCCUGAGUCUGUUCAACGUCCUGUUGGGGGCCUUAACAUCAUUGGACAAAGGCUCGAGAAGCUUGCCGAAGCACUUAAAGUUCCAUUUGAGUUUCAAGCAGUGGCCUCGAGGACUUCAAUCGUCAAUACCUCAAUGCUGGACUGCAGGCCCGGGGAAGCACUUUUGGUAAACUUUGCUUUUCAGCUUCACCACAUGCCUGAUGAAAGUGUUUCAACAGUAAACCAGAGGGACCAGCUUCUUCGGAUGGUCAAGAGCUUGAGGCCAAAACUCGUUACAGUUGUAGAACAAGAUGUGAACACCAAUACUACCCCCUUUUUCCCAAGAUUUAUUGAAGCCUACAAUUACUACUCUGCUGUUUUUGAUUCCCUUGAUGCAGCUCUCCCAAGAGAGAGUCAGGAUAGGAUGAAUGUUGAAAGGCAGUGCCUGGCACGGGACAUAGUGAACAUUGUUGCAUGCGAAGGAGAGGAAAGAAUAGAGCGUUAUGAGGUAGCUGGAAAGUGGAGGGCUAGGAUGACCAUGGCAGGAUUUACUUCAUGUCCUAUGAGCACAAGUAUAACUGAUUCAAUUCGGGAACUUAUCAGACAGUACUGUGACAGGUACAAGGUGAAGGAGGAGGCCGGUGCACUUCAUUUUGGAUGGGAAAACAAAAGUUUGAUUGUUGCUUCAGCAUGGAGGUGAUGAUGUUGAUGGAUAUGUAUCAUUUAGUUCCAAACUACUGUUAUGCUUUCAUUCAGUCUUGUACUUAUAGUUUUGUGUGAGAUCAAGACGUACACUGAUACAGGUAAUCGUAUUCGGAGUUAAUAAAUAAGGACCUAGGGAGCUGCUACGUAUCUAACACACUGAUAUAUGAUCUCUAUGCUUGUAAUAGAAUAACCUUUCUAUACUCUUCUCCGUCUUAUUAUUUUAUUGCUUUCUUUUUUGCUUGUAAGAAAAAUGAUAGUAUUAUCUUGACAUUUUGAGGCCUUUCAAAUUUAA